AUGAUGAAAACUAACCAUUCAAACGUAAGAACCAGUUUUGUGUACAAUGAAAAAGUGAACGAACUCGUAGAGAAAGUUAUUUUUUUGGCCAGGAGCUUAUCACACUACAGAAAGAAAUAUGUAACGUUUUUGAAGAUGAGGAAGUGCGAGGUGGGGGGCGAAACUGGAAGCUACCCGACCAGGGGGGAGAUACAAAAAAGCAGCCUAAAUAGAAGCGGCAACAGCGAGACAGGUGGGGGGUUAAAAGGAAGACGGGGAAAAAAAAACUACGCAGUGAAGCAAGCAAAAUAUAAUGAAAAAAGCCCAGAAGGAUGCAGCUUUUUCCACGUCUUCACCAGUUAUGAACAACUCGUGCACAACCUACUCCACCUGUGCUGCCACGAAACGGACAUAUACAUUGAAUUUCUCUACACAUUAAUAAUCAAUAGCGAGCUAUUUAAUCACUUCCUCUACAUAUGCACAUUCACAAGUGGAGACAAGGAUGACCGAUUUUUGCUCCUAAUUUAUAAGCACUUUUUAACCCUCGUUGAGUAUUACUUCUACUUCAACAACUUUCACUAUUUCAACGAGCUGUAUCGUAGUCUGAAGGGAAUUUAUGAUAACAAGGAUGUGAAUGAAGCGGGGCUACGGGAAAAUGAUAAAAACUGCCUGACCAGUCAGGCAAAAUAUGAACAUAACGAUUCGACGACUCGGACGGAAGGAGAAAACAACUUUUUGUUCACCUACCCGAGCGAAAGCAGCGAUUUUGUAAAUUAUGAACACAACGAUGGAAGAAAGAAAAAACGGGAAAUUCAAAACAGGAAUAGGAAGACAAAUUGCUCCAUCUUUGAAGUGAACGAAAGUGGUAACACCUUUAAAGACACAGAGAAGCACCUUAUUAGUCAGCACAAUUUGUCCACUUCUACGAAGGGGGUAAAGCAUGGAGCAGCUAACGAUACACGUGGCGAAUCCAAGUGCGUUGGAAACACAAUUAAGACGGAGAAAAUCUCCCAUUCGGGAGAAACUUUCAGUAAAUUCCUUUCCCACGCGUCGGGCGAUGCGGAAGGAGACAACCAAGGUGACUUCCAUUGCAACUACAACUGUGACUUCGACUAUGGGGAGAAGAAAAAAAAACACUCAUGCCACGGAGAAGUGGCACAUGCAUCGAAUGCAAAUUUCAAUAUCAACAAUUUUUAUAAGUUAAAAAACAUGUUUCUAAUGUUUAACAAGUUAAAUUAUGAGCAUCUGUACAUCCUUCUCUAUUUUUCCCUGUCCAUUUUGCCGACACUUUUUCACGUGUACCUCACGAGGGUGUUAAUAACGCGGAGGGAGGAUUCCAUCAUCAGCCCCUACCUCAUGUACGUAGCCAAAAGGAUAAAGGAGCGCUCCAAUCGAUUCUUUAAAAUUGACUGUAAUGGUAAAGCAGGGGAGAGGGGGUAUCGUGAGGUUUCCGCUAGAGGAGAGGACCACAUCGGAGUCAACAUCACUGGCUCGAUUAACAAUAGGGAUCUUUUUAAGGGGGAUGUGCAAAAGGGCGUUCAUGCAGGGGGGAGGCUUCACCAAAAGGGCGAUCGAAGUGAUGGAGAGCGGGGGGAGAAGCGAAACGGUUACCACACGGUUUGGGACGAACCGAAUGACAAACUGUGGGAGCACAUUAACCGCCUGAACAUGCAGGCGAAGCUGGACACGCUGACAAGCGGAGGGGACGCCAGCAGGGACUACUCGGCCGUAUUUAGUAGAAACAUAAGCUUGUUGCACGCGUUCCAAAUUAGGGGCGACUUUGAGAGUCUGAACUAUGAGGUCGUGGAUGAGCAGAUGGAGAGGGGUGGAAACCGGAACGAGAGGAGUGGUAACGGAAAGAAACAGAGUGGCAACGGAAAGAAGCAGAGUGGCAACGGAAAGAAACGCAGUAGCGAGGACAAACCAGGUGGGAACACGCAGAGACAUGGCCGGAGGCGCGCCAAUCAGGAGAACCGCCCCUCCGGGGAAGCCAUUUCGGAAGGGAGACCCAAGGAAGGACCGGACAGCACAACAAACACAGGGACGCCGCACCAAGCGGACCACGUAGACGAAGCAGCUUCCAUCCAGAGCGUCCCCCUAAUGUCAAGGCAACGCACCCCCUUGUACGAUGCGGAGAAAGAACUGCAGGAUGUUUUAAAGAAGAACCUACAAUGGAAUAGAAUCUACUCAUUUUACCAGAGCGAACUGAAAACUGCUGGCGGCUUGCAAAACGCACGGGGACUGCAAGACUUUAUAAAAAGCAUAAGCAUUAUCUGCAGUGAGCAGUUUUUCUCCUUUUAUAUGAACAGGAUAGACAUGAAAAAGUCAACCGAGGGAGAUUAUCACCUUUUACAAGUGGACCAGUGCAGCAGCGCAUCGAUGAAGCAGAAGACAGAACAGGAAACACAUUGGGGUGAGAGGCAUACCAUCCAUCCAGGAAACCACCUGCACAUGGCUAGCCUGCACAAGGACACCACGCUAAUACAUAACGAUUAUAUAAAAAAAAAAAUUAAAAGAAACAGAUUGUACACGUACAAGAUUUUUAACAACCAAAUUGAGACUCUCCUAAAUUCGAAGGAGCUAGCUGAAUAUAUUAAAAAAAAAAAAAAAAAAAAAUCUCAGCAAGAAAAAAAAAAGGAAAAUUUCAUAUAUAUGCAAUCACCCAGUGGCUGUCCACUACUAAACAGGAAGAAUAAAAAAAAAAUUUCAGACGUCCCUUUUACAUUCGCGCAAAAUAAAAAUGACAAUUUCAUCGAAUCGGAUUGCAACUCCUAUGAAAAUAGUGACUCCAGUGAUAACCUCUCUAUGUACAACUACACAAAGGAGUUCUACGCAGACAAUGGGUUCAACAUAAAUGAGUUCGUCCUUUUUGUAUUAAAUUCUUUUUAUCUCUUCAUGCAUAUUCAUAACGUUUACUUCUCUUGCACAUAUUUGAAUGUGCUCCUUUCUUACUCGAUUAAGCUGUUGUUUAAAUAUAGCAAUCGAUGUGUUGGUUCUCGAGUGUCUCGCCUUCUCCGUGGGCACCUGCCAGGUGAGCACACAGGAAAAGGGCGGCUUUUCCAAAGGUACUUCGCCACAUACGGACAGGGAUACGAAGAUACACCCCAUUUGCGUGUAGACAUGAAUAUACCCCUACUUCUGACCCUUUACUACCUGUCAGAUAUGGAGGCCAAUCUAGGCAAUACAUCCGAGGCAGCGAUUGCCCCUUUCGCGGCACACAACGGGAUGAAGAUUGUCAGAAAGAGAUCGAGUGUACGCGUGAUGAGGUCACACACGCAGGAAGGAGACCUAAGUACAACAGUUAACCCACAGGAAGGAAGCGAAUUCGAAAGGAUAAAACAAUUGACCGAAAUGAUCUUAAGGAAGAAAAAAUUUUUUAAUAAAAAAAAAAGGAAAGAAAAGAAUCUCAAUUGUAGCCUCUCCCCCAUGUCCAGCAAAUGUGGAAAUAAAACUACCCUGCUGAUGAACACAUUUGACAUUAUUUUAAAUUCUUUCCUAGAUUUGUGCAUUUCCAUGUGUAGUGUCGACUUCAAUUUUGUGAGUGACAAGAGGAAGCAACUGAACCGAAGAUACUUUUGCAAUUGCAUCUGUAAGUACAACCACAUGCUGAAUAGGGAAUACAAAGAAUCCGCUUUGCGCAGAUUUAAUGAAGCCAAUUAUAACGACUCAGUGGAAGCGUACCUUUUCUACUUUGACGAGCUGAAGGGCCAUGCCUUGUUUUCAAAACGGAUUGGUCAAGCGGGCAAAGGGGAGGAGCAGGAGAAGCAGAAGCAGCAGGGGGGUCACUCCCGCACUAGACACAAUCGGAGCGACAGCACCCAUCUCAGCAACCACAGCGACGGAAGUAGCCAUAGUUUGUAUUUCUCAAAGGAGAAGCGAAGAAGGGCUUCCCCCCGCUUGGGGGUCAAGAAAAAGGAGAGGGCACCAAACGGAAGGGAACAUAAAAACGCUACACCCGCCGAAGGGGUGAAAAAUGACGGGGAAAAAAGGCUCCUUAAAAAAAAAAAAAAAAAAAAAAUGGACGAUUCGAUCUUUUCCUACAUGAUGAUGGCGCGGGAAAGCGCAAACGUCAGAAGUGACACUUCUUCGUCGAUGACCGAAACGGAGGAAGAUCACAACGGGGAUGAUGCAGCGAUCUACUCAAUCAACACAAGCAGCGAUGGAAGUUUUCUCUUUUUAAAAAAAAUGAAAAGAAAAAUAAAAAAAAGAAUUUACCUGGACGAAAAUAACAUCAUAAAGAUGUUAACCAGUGUAGGCUGCAUUUUCAUGAACAACAUAAAAUAUACUGUAGGAGUUACGAUAAGUAAUUUGAAGAGAGUACACCAAAAUGGGGCUUCACAUGGGGCUUCACAUGGUGCUUCCUAUGCUGCCUCAAAUGGUGCUUCAAAUAAGAAAGAGCACUUCUUUAACCAUCUCAAUGGUGUCUUUUAUUGCGAGAAAAAAAAUUCCCACUUGGCGAAUAUAUAUAAUCAGUACUUUGUGUCUUUUUUGUUCUUCUUCAAGAUGCACUACCUUUUUUUUUUAAUAAAGUAUAAGUGCGAAAAUGAGAUUUUUCCCAAGGCCUACUGGUUCCUCUAUGCUGUUUAUUCCAUCACGCAGGGGUGA